UGCACUGGGAUGGUUUUAUCAGUUACAAGUAGUAUGUAGUCAGAUAUGAUACACUACCUAGUGCUAAUGUUGAUUUAACCCUAGCUCUAUGGUUCGCUUAACACACACUGCUCUCUUCAAUACUUUACAUAAUAAAAGGAUUCACUCAUGUUUGGCAAAAAUAAAAAAUCUCACGAGAGUUUUCUUAUUUUUUGUGGGAACUUGCUGUGGUGUGAUACUGAGCAUAACAUUUUUCUCAACUCUUCGCUAUUCACACACAAAAUUCAGAGAUGAUAAUUUAUUACACUGGUCAGUAACAAAAGGACAAUUACAGUCACAAGAUGCAGAAUACUUGAAGAAAACUUAUGCAGUAAAUGAAACCUUCUACAAAGGGGAAGAUGUAAUUGCUGAACGACUUAAAAGCACAGUUCGUGUACUAUGUCUGGUGUUUACAACAAAAGAGACCUUCAAAAAAAGUGCCGAAGCUGUGAAAAACACCUGGGGAAAAAGGUGCAACACCUUGCUGUUUGUAAGCAAUUUUGAGGACAGGUCAGUGCCCGUGGAGAAAUUAGUAUCAGAUGAAGGGGAACUGAAGAACUGGGAACUGGUGAAAGCUGCUGUUAAACAUAUUUACGUCCACUACCUAGACACUCAUGAUUGGCUCUUGCGAGUUGAUGAUCACACAUUUGUGGUGGUGGAAAAUCUGCGUAAGCUUCUUUCUGAAUACAAGUCUUCAGAUGCUCUCUAUCUUGGUUGUCGCUUCAAGAAGUACAUCAAACAAGGAUUCAUGAGUGGAGGAGCAGGUUACGUAUUAAGCAGAGAGGCUGUUGUAAGAAUGGUUCAAGAGGGACUUCCUCAAGAAUUCUGCAGUGCAAAAAAUGGAGGUGUAGAGGAUGUAGAAAUGGGCAGGUGUAUGGAGAACCUACAAGUGGUUCCUGUAGAUACGAGAGAUUCACUUGGCAGAGGAAGGUUCUUCCCAUUCUCUCCAGAAACUCAUUUGAUUCCAGAUGCUAUAAAACAAGACAGUUGGUAUUGGGAUAUGAUCUACUACCCACCAAAUAUGGGCUUCGAAUGCUGUUCUGAUACAGCCAUCAGUUUUCAUGGCAUUGGACAUCAGAAGAUGUAUGUCAUGAACUAUCUCAUCUAUCAUCUACGACCUUAUGGCAUCAGCCCUCACGCCGUCAUGAACAAAACCAAUACUUUCAUUGUUAUUAAAUAAAUAAUUAUACUUUCUUUAA